AUGCUUCCAAUCCAACUCUUUCCACUUUUCUCUGCCAUUGGGUGUCUGGCUCGUCCCCUGAUCCCUUUCGGCGAAAUCCAUAGCCCUUUUACCCCAACUCUUCGCAGAGUUUCUCAGUUUCCGUUAGGUACAUGGGUUGAGAAUAUCGCGGUCCGACCAAACGGUCACUUGCUGAUCACUCUCACCUCUGCCCCGGAGAUCUAUGAAAUCGAUCCAUUCAGUGUCACAUCAGCCAAUGACACCCGACCUGCCUUCUCUUUUGAUGGCUACUCCAACGUCACUGGACUUACUGAGAUUGAGACGGACAUUUUCGUCACCUGUGUUGAUGGUAGAUACGUCUGGAAAUUGGACUUUAGCAUGGGCAACACACCGCAGGCGUCCCUCGUCACAAUGAUACCAGACGCGCAGCUUCUCAACGGGGUAGCCACAUUAAAUUCUGCCAAGGGAAUAGUUGUCAUUGCGGAUUCAAGCGGAGGCUGCAUCUGGCGUGUUGAUAUCAACACCGGCGAAUACGAAGUUAUCCUCAAGGAUGGCACAAUGCAUCCGGAACCUAUAUUGGGUCUCAACUUGGGGAUCAAUGGAUUGAAAGUGCUUGGCAAUACCAUCUACUACACUAAUACGCCAAAGCAGCUCUUUUGUCGAGUGCAGGUUGACCCAAUUUCUGCCCGUGCGACGGGUCCGAUUGACGUCAUUAGCGAUACUAUUGAGGCGGAUGAUUUCGCCAUUACUUCGUCUGGGGUCGCAUAUUUGGCCACGAUAUAUCAGAAUGCGAUUACAAAGGUUCCCCCUGCUGGGAGAAGCGAAAUAGUUACAGCGAGCUUGAACUCUAGCUCUAUUCGCAACCCCACGUCUGCAGCAUUCGGACGGACUAUGGUGGACGCAAAUGUACUCUACAUCAGUUCUGGCGGAGGCCCUAUUAACGGGUCUUUUGUAGAAGGUGGUGCGGUUGUAAGUAUUGAGAUCUGGUAA